CCCUCUCCCAAAAUCGUCUGCCAGGCAUCACAACAAUUACUUAUGACAAAAUCAGACCUGUUUCAUGCUUGUUUCGCGUGUUCCACCGUCCUGGGAUUUUGUUGCUGACUCGUAUUUCGAAAGCAUACUUUUGACGUCAAUAGAUCGUUAGCACGACGACAACCAGUGAUCAACAUGACCGCAAGUGGCAUCGAUGUUGUAAUCGGCUAUUUGGAUGCCCAUCAGAAGGAGUAUAUUGAUCGCCUCGCUGAGGUGGUCGCAAUCAAAUCAGUAUCAGCAUGGCCGGAGUUUCGUCCGGACGUCAUCAAAAUGGUGAACUGGAUGAAGACCAAACUUGAAGACUGUGGGGCGAAAUGUGAACUCCGUGACAUCGGACAACAAACUCUCCCCGAUAAGUCUCAAAUUCCAUUACCCCCAAUUCUUUUAGGGAGCCUGGGAGAGGAUCCUGCUAAGAAGACCAUCUUACUAUAUGGCCAUCUCGACGUUCAGCCUGCUCUUAAAGAGGAUGGCUGGGACACAGAACCUUUCGUUCUAACGGAGAAGGAUGGCAAGCUCUAUGGACGAGGCGCCACAGAUGACAAGGGUCCUGUUCUGGGGUGGCUCCAUGUAAUCGAAGCUUACAAGGCAACAAAGACUCCUCUCCCGGUCAACCUCAAGUUCUGCUUCGAGGGAAUGGAGGAAUCGGGCUCUGAAGGUCUGGACGAGUUGCUUUUGUCAAUGAAAGGGGGUGACUUCUUGAACAAGGUAGACCACGUAUGCAUUUCCGAUAAUUACUGGUUAGGAACGCAGAAGCCUUGUCUCACCUACGGCCUGCGGGGGCUUAUUUAUUUCGGGGUUGAAAUUGAAUGCUCCGAUAAGGAUCUGCACUCUGGGAUCUUUGGAGGAACGGUCCACGAAGCAAUGAACGAUUUGAUGUGGGUGAUGUCGCAACUGGUUGACGUAAACAACAAAAUUCUCAUUCCUGGCGUCAUGGACGAUGUGGCUCCCAUCACUCCCGAAGAGCAGAAGCUUUAUGAGAAGAUCGAUUUCGACCUCAAUGAGUACCAGAAAACUAUCGGAUGCGAGAAACUUGUCCAUCAUGGAAAAAAGGACGAGUGUUUGCAGGCGAGAUGGCGAAACCCUUCUUUGUCCAUCCAUGGAGUUGAAGGUGCCUUCUACGGGCCAGGAGCGAAGACUGUUAUUCCAAAGAAAGUUGUUGGCAAAUUCUCCAUCCGACUUGUGCCUAACCAGGACCCGACUAAGAUUGGCAAGAUUGUUUUGGACUACCUUAACGAGCUGUGGAAGAAACGCGGUUCGCCUAACAAGUUCCGCCCUUUCAUCUUUUCAGAAGGACGAUCGUGGGUGUCGGAUCCAUUUCACCCGAACUUCCAAGCCGGAUCCCGUGCCACGCAGAAAAUCUACGGUGUUGAGCCAGACUUUACGCGCGAGGGUGGUUCAAUUCCUGUAACUCUGACGUUUGAGGAGGUUACUGGAAAGAACGUGCUUCUACUGCCAAUGGGUCAAGCUGACGAUGGAGCUCACUCGCAGAACGAAAAGAUUUCAAAGAGAAAUUACAUCGAAGGCACCAAACUGUUGGCCGUCUAUCUUGAUGAGGUGUCUAAAUGCUAAGAAGGAUCUGGAAAAAAUAUAGGAUUAUCGUGACAGAAUAGAGCCACAAUUACUGACAAGUUGAAACUUUUGAUAUUGUACCACUAAUAGUCUUUUGAUAAUCAGUCAUUAAUGUGUAAACUGAUAUUAACGUCAGUGAACGCGUGACACACGAUGGUAACGUGAAAAUCGUGCCUGAUGCACCUUAACUCUAAUGUAUGGUAAGCAAAAGUGAAUAAAUAUAUUAUAUAUAUAAAUAUAAAGCUUGAUAUUAAAAAAACAAUGAUGCUAUAAUGCUGAAACUGAAGGCACAGUGUUUUCAGUUAUGAUGUGAUCUGUGCAAGUUGUUUGUAUUAUUUGGUAAUGUCUUGUAGGACCAGUAAUCAGUCAAGGCCUUUGGUGUAUGAAUAUAUUCAUGGAUAAUUUCAAUAGAUUGCAAAAGCUGAUUACAGUUUAAUAAUAAGACAAAUGCAUGCCAUGGGACAAUCCAAUCGGUGGGUAUUCAACAACACGCAAAAAUUUGGGCUUUGUUAUCUCGUGAUCUUAGGAGGGCGAUACUCGUACCUUUGUUUGUUAACUAAUCUUCGGUAGUAAUAUACAUAGUAAUAUAUUUAAAUUUUAGAACGCUAUUUCUGGAAAAUUAUUGAAUUUUAGAAUUUCACUAAUAAGAUCAGGUGUUAGUUAUAUGACGCAGG